GCGUGACAUGGACUUGUUCGUCCUGGAUAACUCGAUCCGUGAGAGCACCGUGGGGCAGUUACGGGGGCAUACUCUGGAGGACAAGUGGCGGGUGUUCGAUGAAGUCAAACGGUGUGGAUUCAGCGACAUCAUCGUUGCCGCGUUCUCGCACAUGACACGCGUGGAUGACAUCUUCGUGAAGAAGCUGGUGCAACAAGGCGAGAACCCUAGAGGGCUGUAUGCUUUCUCUGAGGUAACUGCAGGCACAAAAGAUAGGAUUCCAGACACAGAGACCGUCCCCGUAGGAUUGUGCAAGAUGAAGGAGACGGGGCUUUGGAACGCGAUCUUAGAGGUGGACUUCGGCCGAUGCGGUGUACGACUUCAGCCGCUUCAGCAUGAAGGACCUGUGCGCGCUGGUCGAGAAGUGGAUCUUGUGGGUGUACGACAACCUGAAUCGAGACGCCAAAGUCCUGGUCAACUUGCGAGAUCUGACCGAUAUCAUGCACACAGUGCCCGUCCCGGCCUUCCAGAUGGUCAAGUUCUUGGCCAAGAUGCCCGAGGAUGUCCGUCCCUUUGGUUUGCUGUUCGAGGAGGCCAAAGGCACCUGUAUGCCUGAGGAGUGCGGUAGCUGGGCCAAAUACAUCCGUAAGAUCAUGGACGCUCACAACUGGGAUGGGAAAUUGCUGGUACACAUCCACGAGAAGUAUGGCUAUGCAGACACCUCACAGCUCGAGAGCUUGAUGUAUGGCGCUGAUGGAACCUGGGGCAGCAUCUGCAUCGACGGUGCUGCCAUGGGCAACGCAUCCACAUGCGUUACCAUGAUGAACCUCAUCCGCCUCGGCAACAAGAAGAUUCUCAAGAAAUACAACUGCUCGUAUCUGAGGAAGGCUGCCACUAACGUGACCAAAAUCACUACGGGUCGGGAGCCUCACCUCAAGCAGCCUGUGUACGGUGGGAGAGCCCUGGAUUUCGUCUUGGGAUUGGCGAAGGAGGACUUUGACUUGUCGGGGAAGAAGCUACCAAGGGGAUUAGCUCUUCAGCCUCUGAUGAGAUGA